GACCUUUGUAAUUUAUUUGGGUUAAACGUAAAGUAGGCCUACUCUGGUAUUGGCUCCGCCCAAACGCAACGCACAGGAUCCAGAGCGUGCCCACGGCUCCUGGCCCCUCUCCAGAUCCUCCAAGCAGCGCUGAGCACUACAGCAGCUAAAAGAAACUGUUUAGUUUAGUUGUAGUUUGGAGGCCAGAGCGCUGCCCCAGGACAGGAGACAAAACAUGGAGGAGAAGGGCGACACUACUGCGUACGGACUAUCUUUUGCAGGAGGGGGCUUUGACUUCAACAAGUUUAUCCGACAGCCACAGACCAUCGUACGGGGUCUCAGCUUGAUCUUUGCUUUGGUGGUGUUUGGGACCAUUACAAAUGAGGGCUACAUUAACCCCCCAACGUCUACAGAGGCACACUGCAUGUUUAACCAGAAUGACUCUGCCUGUCACUUCACUGUGGCCAUUGGGGUCAUCGCCUUCUUGGCCUGUGGGGUCUUCACUGUGCUUGACAUUUACCUGCCCUACAUGAGCAGUGCACCAGACAGGAAAUACAUCAUCAUGGGUGAACUUGCAUUCUCAGGGCUGUGGACCUUCCUGUGGUUUGUGUGUUUUUGCCUAUUGGCCAGUGAAUGGGCUCGGACUCACGUCACCAUUGGGAUCCCUGUGGAGGCCGCACAGGCUACUAUUGCAUUCUCUUUCUUCUCCAUCGCUACCUGGGGUAUCCUCACCUACUUUACCCUGGGCCGUUACCGCCGUGGGGUGCAUGACAUGACUCUCCACACUGAAGCUCCAUCAGACCAGCACGCCCCCUACCCGCCAACUUAUGCACCUGCAUCCUACAACCCCACACCCUAUAACCCCACCACGUACUCCACCUACCCCAGUGACCAGCCCGCCUUCAUCCCAAAUAUACAGCCAGCGGUGGACUCUGGAUAUCAACCGCCCAACUAUUGACAAGGGCACCUCAGUGGGUAUAGGGACUGACUGGGAUAGUUGUGGACAGUGCCACUAUGUAGAGGCCAUGAAAAAAGACUAUUAGUGUCCACUGUUUGUGUUUGCGGAUGGAUGCUUACAUCUGAGAGUUGAGUUUUGUUAAGCCUGUUUAGUAACUUGAAUUUUAUCCUCUGACACUACACACGAUAAUGAUUAGUCUACACUGGAGGUCAAAGGUAACAUUUUGCUUUUGAUAAAAAUGUCAACCUGCCCUGACUUUUGUAAAACAUUUGUUUGUUCUUUUCUACAUAUUAAUAUAUAAAGUGCCAUUUUAAAUGGCUUAAUUAUUGCCUUUUUGAGUUUGUUUAAGAGGUCUAGAAUAAGUGGUUAGCCCUGGUGCAUGAAAUUAAGUACACUGGGUGAUAGUGUUGUAAUGCCAAUUUGGAGUAGAAAGUUAUAAUGAAUUUUCAUGAUUGAAUUUUGCUGGAAUGGUUUGGGUUUUAUGACCCUUAAACGUCUCAGGAAAGGUAGUCAAGAAUGAAGGGCAGGUAGAUAAAGGACUUAUCCAUUUGACUGAACAGUGACUCAUUAACAAGGAACACAAGUCUGUAGGAUGUAUAAGCUCCUAAAGACUGUAUAGCCCUUAUGAAUUGUCAAACAACUUGACAACUUAUACAUACUGGGAUUCAGUGUUCCUGAGGAGAUGCCCAAUUGCAUCAAAGGAUGGGCAAAAUGCAGGACAAAUUUCCCUUUGGGGACAACAAUGUGUACCUUACCACAGUUUUGUACAUUGUUAAGUGCAGUGUUGGGGAGUAACAGAUUACAUGUACCGGAGUUACGUAAUCAGAGUACAAAUUAUGAGUAACUGUAUUCAGUUACAGUUACUGUUUCAGUGAGUGGUAAUUGGAUUACAGUUACUUUGCUGAAAUAAAUGUAUUACACGGC